CCAACAUAAUCCGAACACACUCCUCUUACUCUGCGCACCAUGUGUUUGAUUGCUUGUUUGUUUGUUUUUGUUUGGGACUUGACUUUGCGCUCUUUUUGUCUCUGAUUCCGAGGGAAACUAACUAACUUUCUCAGUCUCAUAGCCACCACCAUGAGGAGGAUUUAUGAUGAAUUGAAAGAGAUAGUGAAGAUUCAGAAGUUCCGAAGAUUGGUGUCGUACACCGGCUUCUACUGCUUCGCUACGCUUAUAAGCUACUUUUACGUCAACAACACGACUAGGGCUGGUUUCUCUAGAGCCGAUCAAUUCUACGCCUCCUACCCCGCUGGUACCGAGCUUCUAACGGACACUACCAAGUUGUACAAAGCUGCUCUUGGAAAUUGCUUCGAGGCUGAAGAGUGGGGUCCGUUUGAGUUCUGCGUCAUGGCCAAGCACUUCGAGCGUCAAGGGAAAUCGCCGUAUGCAUAUCAUGCGCAAUAUAUGGCACACCUCCUUUCUCAUGGACAACUUGAUGGAAGUGGUUGAUGGGAGUGGUUAACUUAUAAACUGAUGUCAGUAGACGUGUAAAAGCCAAAUGAGAAAACUUGAGGUUUGACUACAUGGUGAGACUGAACUUUCUGUGUAUUCUAUAGCCUUACUUUUAGUCUUUUAGGAAUAAGGAACAAAAUAUGCGGAGCAUUUUGUCUUUUUUUUUUUUUUUGUAGGGUAACAACAAAUGCUCUGCUUUCUUCCUUCUCUUCUGUGAUAUUCAAAUCCCAGUCAGUCUCAAGUGCUUCUUGUUAAACAGUACAGGCUACAGUACAUUAACUGACACUAUCCUACUUCAGAUGAUUUUAAGAAAUGUUGGCAUUUGAACUGAUAUUGUAAGCAUGUAUUUGGUGCUGCUGCAUGUUGAAUUCAACUUGAUUAAUUCACAAUGAGUGAUGCUAUCUACUAUCUGUUUUUGUUUUGGUUGGAUCAUUUCCUGCUACAUCAUUCGCGAAGAGUAAUGCUAUAUACCUUUGUUUGGUUGGGUCA